CUAUCCUUGACUCCAACGAGCAUCCUGGACAAGAAAGAGCACGCUUGUCACAAUUUGUUGACGCUUCUUGCGUUGCAUCGGUGUUGCCCAAACUGAAACAGCCCGAAAUUUCAUCUGUGAACAUACUGCGUGCUUCUGAACAGUUGAAGAAGUUUAUUCAGCGUUUAUAGCGCUGCGGACAUUCAAAAUAGUGACUCUUUUUCUUGAUAUUUGCAUUUUGAUUUUAUAAAUUUAUAGAAUUCUAAAUGGGUCGUCGCAAGAAAGCAAGCAAACCUCCACCCAGGCGCAAGGCCAUUGAACCCCUGGAUACCUUGUUCAACUGUCCAUUCUGCAAUCACGAAAAGUCAUGCGAGGUUAAAUUGGAUCGUGAUGCUAACACAGGAAUGAUAACCUGUAAUGUGUGCCUGGAAGACUUUCAGACAAAUAUCAACUAUCUGUCAGAAGCUGUAGAUGUGUACAGUGAAUGGAUCGAUGCCUGCGAAGCUGCCAAUCAGUAGCGAUGGUUCCCGUGGUUGGAAGAGGACCGGCCACGUUUCAUUUAUAUUCAUGUGCAAAUGUUUCUUUAAUGUGGGCAGAUUUUUUUCUGUGUUACACACGAAUUAAGGAAAUGCUCUUAAGCAGGCCACCUGCUGGGUUGAGCUGAAUACGCAGACGUUGUGAAAUGCACGUGUACAAAUGCGUCUGGACUUGGGAUGCUGUUUACAGAGGAUUUAGUGUACAGUUGGUAUAUUUGGCAGAAGUCAUUCAAAUAGGGGAAGUCAACUGACUUUUGUGAACAGAAAGUGGCUUUCAACACAGGAAAUAUAUUGUACGGUUGAUGCAUUGAUGAACUUUGUUCAAAUCGGAGGGGGGGGGGGGGUGGCAUUUGUUUUCAAAGAAUUUGCUUGAAAUUGUUUAAAUUAAUGAGGAAGUAGCCUACUAAUUUCUUCAAUUGAAACUGUCCAUUGGUGAUUUAAUUCAUUGAACUUUUCCCAUUUCAUAUGCUUUUUUGGCUCUUAUCACUCUGUUUUGUCGAACUAGACAAGAACAUACAUUGUACAUUUUUUGUAUUCUGUGGUUAUGUAAGUUCAUAGUUACUCCUCAGAAAAACCAGCUUUUUAUUUCCAACUUGCUCAUGGCAGAUAGUUAAUAAAGUGUUUGCCAACUUUCUCACCCCAUUGUGAUUGCUUCGAUAAACAGUGUCAUGUCUGGUUCAUGUGAAGCCUGUACGAUAUGCUGUAUAUAACUGAGCGAAUUGCAGGAGUUCAUGCAGUAUCACAUGGGGGAUUUCUUUGCCUUCUUGUCAGUGAUGUGGUUACUUGCUUUGAUUAUAAUCAUAAUAUGCAGACACCUUUUCUCCUUUUUGCUUAGAGGGGUGUUGUCAGCAUUGAUGUUGAGGUCCAGGACAACCAAGAGCUACAAAGUGUGCUUGUUACAGACCACUAUCAGCUCUUACUUUACUCUUUUGAACUCAGAAGCUUUGUCUGGCUUUCUGAUUCUGCUGAAAUAUUUGACCGCUGAUAGAACUCGACAAAUGCUCUGUAUGUUUGCCUGGAAUCUUAAGAAUUAUCCGACUCUGUAUUUGGUAUCUCUCUGUCAUGAUAUAAGCCUUUCACAAAAAUGUUCUUGUUUUACAUUGUUAAAAAACCUUAACCCACUGUAUUAUAAGGAGCAUCAAUAACGGAAAAGCAAGGCCAUGGAUUAAUUUUUAAUUUUGAUUAUAUUUAUUUAUUUAUAUAAUUUUUAGACAGCUUGCUCCAAAGAGUCGAAGCCAUGGUUAAAAGUAGUGGUUGUGGUCACACCAAAUUGAUUUAUCCUCAGUUGUUUCAGGAUGUUUAACCAGCUUCUGUGGUGUAGCUGUAAGGUCCUUUCUGUUUGUAGACCACAGUGGGGGACUAUAGAUUUCCCCACCCCUUUUUAAAAAAAAUAAGGGUGACAACAUUUAAUAGUAAUCUUGUGUUUUUAAAAUGAAGAAUAAUCAUUCAUAGGAAUAAAACUUACUUUACUUUACUUUUCCGAUCCAGCGGCCAUUUGGGUUCUAGCCCUUCGGUCUGUCGAUAUGGCAAAGAAUUGACAGGUUUUAAUCAGCUGUGCUUUGUCGCUGUAUAGAGUGUUUCCGAUGUCUGGGAAGGCAGGUAGGUAGGUGCUACGCAGAUAACAAAGUGCUGGGGAGUUAAUGAGGUGGUGUGGUACUGUUUCAUCCUAGAAAUAAAACUGGUAGUGUAGUUUUGUAAGUAAUCCACAUCACUAGUAGUAUACAAGUACAAGGGACUUUUGAUGGAAAGCUGAUUUUGAGAAAGUCUUGUCUUUGUUCGUGCAGUGUAAUAAAAAAAAAAUUUGAAAAAUAUAGGCUUACCUUUGCUGUCUCACAUGAUAUUUGUUCAUUGUACUGAGGGUUUCAAAAUGAGCGGUAUUUCAGUUAUUGGUCGCUGUUUGUGUUGGAUGUGGAAAAUAACCACUUUUUGACUUUUAGCAGUUGGUUUUUUGGGGGUUUUUUACAUUCUGGAGUACCAUAAAUCCGCAGCCGGGCUGAAAAGCUUUUACAGUCUUUUUUAGGUGGUCGAACUGGUUUGUGGUCUUUAUUUUCAAAACAUAGAUGAGGCUUUGCAAAACUGUUUCUUUACGCACACGGCAAAUCCUACUUCAGUAGCAAUUUCCAAUUGCUAGUAUAGAUGAAUUGCUUUCUGCAUCUUUUGAAAAGCGAUAUAUUUUUUUCUUCUGUUGAAAUAUUUGCUUUCCUUUUACAAGCAUAUAUGUAGUUGUAGCAAUACAAAGAGCUGAAUGCUCAAAAUUAACUUGCAGUCAGAUAGUUUUUUGUUGAUCUAAGAUUGUAUUAAACCAGUUUUGGUCAGUUUUCAUUAUUUAAACGCCCAAGACUCAACAGGUUAUUUAAAAAAAACAUAUUUCAGGUGUUUGUCGAGUUGAGUUACAAAACAGUUGUUUGAAAAUAAGAUUUCUAUCACUUUGUUGACUGCUUCAGAUGGUUGCAGGAUAGGCUGAAGUUGUUGUUUUUUUCCAUAAAUCUUUUUGUAUUUUAAUUACCGUAAUGUGUACUUUAACGUUGUUGCAGUUUAGUAUUCUACAUCAUGUGACAGCAAGAAUAAUUCCAUAAUUUUCUUUUUGUAAGUACCUACCUUGAGUGGGGUAUAAGGGGAAAAGUUUGUCGGUUCAAGUCCUGAAGAGGAACUACAUCUUUUUUCGGUUGUUUGAAAUUCAGUUAACUAAACAUGAAAAAUUGAUUCAACUUAUUUGUUGUAUCUUUUUAAUUUUUGAUUAAAUAAACUGCAGAAACUUUGUUUAUUCUGUUCAGGACAUGGGGUUCAAGUUGAUUAGCUAUACCUCAAGAUCUUGUUGUGUACGAUACAUAAAAGCUUUUUCCGUCACAGAAAGCAAAGAUCAAAAGACAACUAAUGAAAUACAAUAUUUCAAAGGUGACAAAUAUUUUGGAUGCUACUCAUUAUCUGCUACGUCUGUGUGAUAGAAUAUGACACGGCUUCAUUGUUUAAUUUGUAAAAUGCAGUUGGGAUCAACACAUGUGUAUACUAAGUGGAGUCUUUGAAAUCAAGGUAUGUUUGACAAUAAAACUCAUGGCAUUGUGUCAAGAGAAAAUUUUUAAUUUUUCUUCUGUUUUCCCUUGUUCAUACAUUUGGUCGGGGAUAGUGAGAAAGGAUGAUGCCAAAUGUCAGGCCUUUUUUUUAGUAUAUUUAAUAUUAUGACAAGCGCUGGAUGAGAACUUUCUAUUCAAUUAAUUGUUUGGAUGGUUGAACUGCAAGUCCAGUUUUUUUUGUUUUUAUUAUUUAUUUUUUUUAUUAGACAGCAUGCGCAAUACAUCAUAGGAGAAGUUGUACUGUUGUUAUUGCCGUCUCCGUCUGUUUUUUAUGUUCACAUCACAGUUGCUGUUUGGAAUAAAAGUUGGCAAUAAAGUAAAUAUGAACUUUUU